GAGAUUCCCGCGCAUUUUCAAUGUCCGAUCACGAUGGAGUUGAUGCAAGAUCCGGUGAUGAUCGCCACCGGGCACACGUACGAUAGACCGGCGAUUCAACGAUGGCUCGACCAGGGCCAUCGCACGUGUCCGGUGACCGGGGUGCGGUUGCGACACUUGGAGUUGAUUCCCAACCACGCGAUUCGCACCGCCAUUCAGUCGUGG